GCCCAGGGCUCUCUGUCCCUUCCUCCCCCUGGUGUCCUCUGCACCUUCCCGUGGAGUCGGCCUGUCCGGCUUGCCCCUGCCUACUGCGCCGGCGACUGGGGGACUGGUCAUGUUCAUCCUGGGGAGCCGGGGCAGGUGCCCAGUCCUGGAGGCCGAGCGAGGGUCCUCACUUUCCGUGGAGAGCCUCUGAAGGCCAGUGUCUUCCCCUUCGGGUCCCACUCUUGGGGACUCAGUCAGUACGCAGGUCCUUCUCAGCAGAGGAAGGCCCCUGACCAGGGAGGGCCGCCGUCUCUGCUCCCUGGUCUGAAUUGAGCGCUGGGUCCCCUCGGCCCUGGCCUUGCGCUGACCUGCGCUCUGCGUUUCAGGCCCCAGGUCCCGGCUAUGGCCGCGGCUACCAUCGUGCACGACACGUCUGAGGCCGUGGAGCUGUGCCCCUCCUACGGCCUGUACCUCAAGCCCAUCACCAAGAUGACCAUCAGCGUGGCUCUGCCGCAGCUCAAGCAGCCGGGCAAGUCCAUCUCCAACUGGGAGGUGAUGGAGCGGCUCAAGGGCAUGGUGCAGCACCACCAGUUCUCGACGCUGCGCAUCUCCAAGAGCACCAUGGACUUCAUCCGCUUCGAGGGCGAGGUGGAGAACCGCAGCCUGGUGCGGUCCUUCCUGGCCUGCCUGGACGGCAAGACCAUCAAGCUCAGCGGCUUCUCCGACAUCCUCAAGGUGCGCGCCGCCGAGUUCAAGAUCGACUUCCCCACGCGCCACGACUGGGACUCCUUCUUCCGCGACGCCAAGGACAUGAACGAGACGCUGCCCGGCGAGCGGCCGGACACCAUCCACCUGGAGGGGCUGCCCUGCAAGUGGUUCGCGCAGAAGGAGUCGGGCUCGGAGAAGCCCAGCGAGGAGGUGCUGGUGAAGGUGUUCGAGAAGUUCGGGGAGAUCCGCAACGUGGACAUCCCCAUGCUGGACCCCUACCGCGAGGAGAUGACCGGGCGCAACUUCCACACCUUCAGUUUCGGGGGCCACCUCAACUUCGAGGCCUACGUGCAGUACCGCGAGUACGUGGGCUUCAUCCAGGCCAUGAGCGCGCUGCGCGGCAUGAAGCUCAUGUUCAAGGGCGACGACGGCAAGGCCGUGGCCUGCAACAUCAAGGUCUCCUUCGACUCCACCAAGCACCUGAGCGACGCCUCCAUCAAGAAGCGGCAGCUGGAGCGGCAGAAGCUGCAGGAGCUGGAGCGGCAGCGCGAGGCGCAGAAGCGCCGCGAGAAGGAGGCGGAGGAGCGGCAGCGCGCCGAGGAGAGGAAGCAGAAGGCGCUGGAGGAGCUGGAGCGGGAGCGCAAGCGGGAAGAGAAGCUGCGCAAGCGCGAGCAGAAGCAGCGGGAGCGCGAGUCGCGGCGCAGCCAGAAGAAGCUGGAGAAGCUGCAGGCGGAGGAGCAGCGGCAGCUGCAGGAGAAGAUCCGCCUGGAGGAGCGCAAGCUGCUGCUGGCGCAGCGCAACCUGCAGUCGCUCCGCCUGGUCGCCGAGCUGCUGAGCAGGGCCAAGGUACCGGCUGUGCCCGUGGAGGGACCGUCCACCGCGGACGCCCUAGAGGAAACGCCCCGCGCCGCGGAACGCAGGGUGCAAGGAGGACAGCGGCGCCCACUGCUGUGGGUUUCCCUGCCCUUCCCUGGCUCCGGGCUGGCCAUCGUGAGGAGCUGCCCAGUCUUGGUGGCAGGCCCAGGGCGUCCCUUCUCGGGGCCUCCCGGGGCGAGCUUGGUGGACACUGCCCUUCCCCCUGCACCCCGUCCUGGGUCCUCGGCUGACCGGGCAGGCAGGGUCGCUCUCGUCCCCCCUGCGCUUCCUGCUGGCCUGGCGUCCGCAGAGACCGCCGGCUCCGCGCGCCUCAGCCGUGUCCUGGGGCGGCAGAGGCCAGGAGUGUUCGCGGGCCCCGGGGGACAGUGA